UUCGCCACCAACACAUCACUAAGAAGAAGAAUUAGAAGCGCUGGAUUGACCCUCUUGUUUUCUACUCGGACAGUUAAGCGUAGAAAGCAGAGCUAAAAACGGAGGAGCCCUUCUGGCAUUAAAACAAACAACCGCACUAAAGCAUUUAAAGCUAAGUUAGCAGUUUGACAGCUAGCCGGGCAGCGGAUACGAGCCGCGAGCCAACAUGGACUCUUGGGUUCGCUUUAAUGCCCAGAGCCAAGCCAAGGAGAGAGUUUUCAGGGCUGCACAGUAUGCUUGCGCGCUGCUCGGAUCCACUCUGCAAAAUGACGAAGCAGCUGAGAUCCGCAGAACUGUCAGUCAGCUGGAGGCACACAUGAGUCUGACAAGAAAGUUGCUACGCCUGGGCAACUCCGUGGAGGCCCUGGAGGCCGCCAAAAGGUCCAUACACCUUUCUGACAGCGUGCUGCGGCUGUGCCUGACCAUCAGUCACCUCAACAGAGCCAUGUACUUUGCCUGCGACAAUGUGCUGUGGGCGGGAAAAACCGGUCUCAUCUCCGAACUCGACCAGCACAAGUGGAGUCAGAGAUCUUUCAGGUACUACCUCUUUGCUUUGAUCCUGAACCUGACCCGAGAUGCCUACGAGCUCCAUCUCCUCGUGGAGCGCGAAGCACGUUCCAGAACCAGCAAACAGCCAUCCUCCCCCAGCAUCCCUCUGCCACCCGACCACCUUCCCUCUUCCUCCUCACCUGCCACACAAGCCGUGAAUGUUGGCUGGCUCUACAGACAGCUUCAUCUGGUGGGGACUGUGCUGUACAGCAACCCGCCGCUGCUGCUGGACCUGGUGAAGAACAGCUGUGAUAUCUUCAUCCCACUGGACCGGUUGGGGAUUUACCCUACAGGUCCAGGCUUUGUCGGGGCUUGUGGCCUGGCCUCGUCCGUCCUGUCCAUCCUCACCAUGGUUCACCCCUGGCUCAAGCUCAAACCAUGAAUUGUAAGACAUAUUCAUUUGAGGACGAGUAAGGAUUGAGAAAAAUCUAAUGGGGUUAACAAAAUUUCUUUUCCCCGAUUCUACACAAAGCAGUGACUGCAGGAGGCGUUGUACUGCCACCGUGCUGUGUGAUCGAGUUCCUUCAAAUCUCUUGCUACAGAAAAGCUGAGGAGUUUCUAAAAUGCUAAACCAGUUUCACAUAUCAUUUCAGACCUGCAUGAACACGGUUGUUUGGCCUUAGAUCACAUUGCUGCUUUAAAAGCCUCGCUUCCCUCAUGUGAAGCUAAACCAUGUUAGUUGCUGCCGUUCUGCACAUAACCAUCACAUCAGCUGUCUAUGACCGUGUCUGUAACAGAGUAUCACUCUAGAACGUGUGAUUUCUGCCCUGUGUUUAAAGUUUUUAAAGGAAACCACCUUUCAACAUGUGUGAUUUUACCGCCUGCUCCCAGCAAGUUUGUAUUUUAGAUAUUCUUUUUUUUGAACUACUAAGUGACUUAACUACUGGAGAAAUAAAUCCACAGGAAUUUGA